AUGGGCGAGGUGGUGGUGAGUAGCAGUAGUGAAGAGGCGGAGGGGAUGUUGGUGGAGUUAGAGACAGAGAAGAAGGAUAUUGGAUCAUCAGAGGUCGUUCGAUGGGAAAAGUUUCUACCAAGGAUGGUGCUCAGAGUUCUUUUGGUCGAAGCUGAUGAUUCUACUCGUCAGAUUAUUGCUGCCCUUCUCCGAAAAUGCAGUUACAUAGUUGCGGCUGUUCCUGAUGGAUUAAUGGCAUGGGAGACUUUGAAGGGUGGACCGCAUAACAUAGAUCUCAUAUUAACUGAAGUGGAGUUACCAUUAAUAUCGGGAUAUGCGCUUCUUGCUUUGGUCAUGGAGCAUGAAAUUUGCAAACACAUUCCUGUCAUAAGAGCAGCUGACUUUCUCAUUAAGCCUAUCAGGAAGAAUGAAUUGAGGAACUUGUGGCAGCAUGUUUGGAGAAGGCAAACUCAAAGCGCUGGACAAAUCCCUCAAAAUUCGCAUAAAGUUGGUGCCUCAUCUGAAGACAAUGCAGCAAGCAAUCGAUCGAGUGAUUGUGCGACAUCUUUGCAGAAAAAUAAGGAUUGCAGCAAGAAAGGGAGUGAUGCCCAAGCCACUUGUAGAGUGAGGAAAAUUCCUCUUUCCAUACUAGGCUGGCUUCAUGAAGUAUUACAUAGAGUGCAUGUUUUGCCACCUCCUUUGCAGAGUUCUUAUACGACCCCUUGCUUGGAAGCUGAGAGUGCUCACAUGCAAAACAUGCAGGGACUUUCACAGCUGAAGCAUAGGAGUGCUUCAAAUCUGAGCAACUCAGAUGGAGAGGAGUACGAAGAGUGUGCCAAAUUAGAUAAACGCCCUGCAACUCCUGAGAGCAAGACUGGAGGGACGUCUGACACAGUAAUUGUUGCAGAAAGGUCGAAUGGGAUGGGACCAGAUGGAGAACUGUGCCAUGGAGCCUAUAAUCCGGCUGCUUUGAGACUGCUACAGAAGCAUGCUUGUGGUAAGUUAGAGAUUCAAGAAGAAAACUCGAGACCAGAAAAUGAUAGGGGGCAUGCUAAUAUCUCCUUUGGCCGUGAUGAUGUACUUGACGAAUCCUCGAGUAGAGCCAUUGAUUUGAUUGGUACCUUUAAUAAUGGUUCAGAGAGCACAUAUGUACACUCUAGUUUACAUGAUGGCACAAACAAGUUCGAAUUCACUCCACAACUUGAACUCUCUCUCAGGAGAUUGUAUCCCGGCAGUUCAAAGAACCAGGGAGUAGAUGAAAGACAUGCACUGAACCAUUCCAAUGCCUCUGCCUUCUCACGGUACAAUAGUAAGACAUUGCAACCGCUUUUUCCAACAUCCAGUAAUGGUUCUGAUUUCAUGGAAGAAGCCAGUAAGUCUCCUGAGCUGUCAUCCAAUCAACAUGCUCAAAACAUUAGUUCUAUUUCUCAGAGACAUGAUGCAACUUUGAGUGGUAAUCAAGAAGUUAUGACAACUCCGGUUGUCCAAUCUGGGAAGGCGGAAUUAGCAUAUCCAAGCCCUCGACUUGGAUUGAUUCCUGUUCCGAGGAUGAGGGUCGACAAUAGCUCUACCGGAUAUGUUCAUGCUUUCUCCUCUCUAUAUCACACGCAAUCAAGUGCAACGUGGACUCCCAAACUUGUCGGGCGGCAACAGUCUCCAUUUCCUACUAGUACCUCAGUUCAUUCAAAUCCUGAAAUUCAUGAUUCCAAUCAAAAUCACAGGUGUCCUGAUGAAACUACUUACAACUCUGUUGACCAAAAUGAUCAUCAGCAGAACAAUUUGGAACCUGUGGAUGAUCUGAGUCGUGAUUCACCUGCUAUUGGUCAGAGUACUAGUAGUAGUUUAUGUAAUGGUGCUGCCAAUUAUAAUAAUAGCAGUGCCUAUGAAGGCUUUGGCAGUAGAAAUGAUGGAAAUGCCUCAUCUGUUGUGGCAUCUGAGAAGGCCAUGGCUCAAGAGAAUUUAAAUGAUGGGGGCAGCUUCAAACAUGAUGGUUUUAGAGGUAUAGAUUCUCAUCGCUCCGGCCAAAGAGAAGCUGCUCUAACAAAGUUCCGACUGAAGCGGAAAGAUCGAUGCUAUGAGAAGAAGGUUCGAUACCAAAGCCGGAAAAGACUGGCAGAGCAACGUCCUCGGGUGAAAGGACAAUUUGUUCGUCAAGUGCAAAAUGAUUCCCCAAUUGCUAAUGGUUGA